AUGAUGAAUGGUUGGUCGACGUUGGGAAGUGGAAAUUUGAGAGAUGCGUUGAAAUUGCCACCGGGAGAGGAUAGAAAUGAAUGGCUUGCGGUGAAUUGUGAGUUUUUUUUGGCUGAAAAUUUGAAAAUCUGGAAAAAUUUGGGUUUUUGGGAUGCUGAAAAUUCAAAAUUUCAAAAAAUAGGUUUUUCUGGCUGAAAAAAAUUUCGAAAAUUCUGAAAAAUUCUAGAAAAAUUGAUUUUUGAGAUGCUGAAAAUUCAAAAUUUCGAAAAAAAAUGUUCAAAAAACUGCAGAGCACUAAAAAAUCUCCAAAUUUUCUGAGCUCUUUUUUUGCCACGUCAUAACAUUAAGUUUUUUUUGGCUGGAAAAUUUUUCGAAAAUUGAAAAAUUCUAGAAAAUUUGAUUUUUGAGAUCUGAAAAUUCAAAAUUUCAACAAAAAAUGUGCUCCAAAUUUUCUGAGCUCUUUUUUUGCCACGUCAUAACAUUAAGUUUUUUUUGGCUGGAAAAUUUUUCGAAAAUUGAAAAAUUCUAGAAAAUUUGAUUUUUGAGAUCUGAAAAUUCAAAAUUUCAACAAAAAAUGUGCUCCAAAUUUUCUAGAGCUCUUUUUUUGCCACGUCAUAACUGUAGGUUUUUCUUUGCUGAUGGGGCUAUUCAGCGAAAAAAAAUGUUUUCUCAACGGGAGAAAAGCGAAGAAAACCUAUUCAAGUCGGUUGAGAAAACAUAAAAAUCAAACACUUAAAACACACAAAUUGCGACGAGACCCAACGAAAAACAACAUGUUCCUUUGACAUUUUGCAUUACUGUAAAUUGGUCCCGUUGCGAUUUUCUACAGUAUCUUAAAGGAACAUGUUGUUUUUCAUUGGGUCUCGUCGCAAUUUGUGUGUUUUAAGUGUUUGAUUUUUAUGUUUUCUCAACCGACUUGAAUAGGUUUUCUUCGCUUUUCUCCCGUUGAGAAAACAUAUUUUUUUUCGCUGAAUAGCCCCAUGAAAAAAAUUUCAAAAAAUCUGGAAAAAUUGAUUUUUGAGACCCUGAAAAUUGAAAAAUGUCCAAAAAAAAUGUCCAAAAAACUGCAGAGCACUAAAAAAAUGUGCUCCAAAUUUUCUAGAGCUCUUUUUUUGCCACGUCAUAACUGUAGGUUUUUUUUGACUGAAAAAAAUUUGAAAAUUCUAGAAAAAUUGGGUUUUUGAGAUCCUGAAAAUUCAAAAUUUCAAAAAAAAUUUUUCUAAAAAAUUUUCUAGAGCUCUUUUUUUGCCACGUCAUAACUGUAAAUUUUUUUGGCCGAAAAAAUUUGAAAAAUUCUGGAAAAUUCUAGAAAAAUUGAGUUUUGAGAUGCUGAAAAUUCGAAAUUUCAAAAAAAAAAUUUAUUCAAGAAACUCCAGAGCACUAAAAAAAUGUGCUCCAAAUUUUCUAGAGCUCUUUUUUUGCCACGUCAUAACUGUAGGUUUUUUUGGCUGAAAAUAAUUUCAAAAAUUCUGGAAAAUUCUAGAAAAAUUGAUUUUUGAGAUGCUGAAAAUUCAAAAUUUCAACAAAAAAAUGUCCAAAAAACUGCAGAGCACUAAAAAAAUGUGCUCCAAAUUUUCUAGAGCUCUUUUUUUGCCACGUCAUAACUGUAGGUUUUUUUUUGCCUGAAAAAAUUUGGAAAAUUCUAGAAAAAUCUAUGAAAAUUCAAUUUUUGAAAUGCUGAAAAUAAAAUUUCGAAAAAAAAUUUAUUUUUAGAGCACUAAAAUCUCGCAGUUUUCAUCUUUUUUGCCACGUCAAACUGUAGGGUUUCGAUUUUGGCAGAAAAUCCAUUUCAGAAAAUUCUGGAAAAUUCUGGAAAAAUUGAUUUUUGAGAUGCUGAAAACCGGAAAUUUGUCUGAAAAAAAAUUGAGCUAUGACGUGGCAAAAAAAAUGUGUACUAGAAAAUUGUGCUCCAAAUUUUGCCAGCCUGUAGGAAUUUUUUAGAGCUCUGAAAAUACCUGGCUCAAAAUUCGGAGCACUUGGACAUUUUUGUGAAAUUUUGAGGUGCUUAAAAAUCAAUUUUUCUAGAAUUUUCCAAUUUUCGAAAUUUUUCAGAUAAACCAACAAAAAUUCAGAUGAAAACUAUUUUGUUGUUCAAUUUUUCUGAAUUUUUGUUGAAAAAUUUAUCUGAAAACAGAGCUAUGACGUGGCAAAAUGUGCACUAGAAAAUUGUGCUCCAAAUUUUGAGCCAGGAAUUUUCUGAAAAUCCUCCCAAAUUUGCCACGUCAUAACUUUUUUUUUCAGAAAUUUAUUGAUUUUUGGAACAAAAAUAUGCAGUUUUCAUUUUUUUGAAAUUUUUUUUUUUAAAUUCAAAAUACAAAAACUUCCUGAAUAGAAUUCUCAGAUAUUUUUAAACCAAAAUUUCCAAAAUUUUUUUUCCAAAAAGUUUUUUUUGCAGUAAUUGAUCUUGUGAAACAAGUUCGAAUGCUCUUUGGAGUUUUGUGCGAAUCCGAAUGCACCGAUUCAAAAUGUCCCGAAAUGACGGCAAAAGAUCGUGUUUAUACAUGGACGAAUGAUGAAACUGUGUAGGUUUUUCCCCGGAAUUUGCUAGAAAAUCAAAAAUGAAAAAAAAUCAUUGCAGAUUAAAUACAAGUGCUCCUCAAUAUAUCGAUUUAUCACUUUCCUGGUGUCAGAUGAAUAUUGAUGAUGAAAAUGUUUUUCCGUCGGAAAUUGGUGGGCAUUUUUGUUUUUUUGAGCCAAAAAUCGAGAAUUUUUGAAAAUUUGUGCCGAAAAAACAUAAAAAAACGAGUUUUUCAGCCGAAAAUGAUGAAAAAUCGAUAUUUUUCAAGCUUCUGGAGUGAUUUCUGAUGAAAAUUGACCUUGGAAUUCACUUUCCAGAAGGUUUUGCUGAUUUUUUUUGAUGAGAGGAGCUCUGAGGAGCACAAAAUGAGCUGAAAAUCGAGAAUUUUCGAAAAUUCGAGGUUUUUAGAGCCUGUAGGGAUGAUUCACGAACGAAAAAAUGUUUCAAAACUCUUUUUCCCAAACCUGAAAAUUUUGAAUUUUCUGAAAUUUCGCGCCUAGGAUAACUUUCAGCGGGAAAAUUUGAAAAUUCUACAUCAAAAUCUAAAGAAAUGCAAGAUUUUUGAAAUUUGUGCUUCUGCAAAAAUUUAUUUUUCGCAAAAUUAAAAAAUUUGAAUUUUCAUGAAGUUCCCGCCUCCAAAAAAAUCAUUGAAAAUUGAAAUGUUUGAAUCUUUUCGAGUUUUUCAGCAAAAACCAAAAAUGAUGAAAAAUCGAUAUUUUUCAAGCUUCUGGAGUAAUUUCUGAUGAAAAUAAGCUUCAAGAACCCUAUUUUGCUUUAUUUUAUGCAUUUUUUCGAAUUUAAAAUUUUUUAUUUUCCGAAAAAUCAGUAAAACCUUCUGGAAAUUGAAUUCCAAGGUCAAUUUUAAUCAGAAAUCACCCCAAAAGCUUAAAAAAUUCUCGAUUUGUCAUCAUUUUUGGCUGAAAAACCUUGAAAAACUAAUUUUGACCUGGUCAUCUGCGAAAUUUGUGGGUACUGUAGGUUACUACGGUAGAGCGGGAGAUUUGCGAAAUUUUGAUACGAAAUAAGGUUGGGUUGCCACGUGGCAAUGAUUUUUGAUUGAAAUUUUGAAAUUUUGAUUUUUAGCGCUAAAAUAUGCGACGUGGAUUUCUGAAAUAAAAAAUUUCAAAAAUUUUUGAAACAGUGAAAAAUUUCAAUGUUAGAAAAUACAUUUUUUUUUCGUUCGUGAAGAGACCAAAGUCACAUUUUUUUGGUUAGAAAAUCCUGUUUUUUUUUUCGAAAAAAGGCUCAAUUUUGUGAAUUUGGGUAAAAUCUUCUUUAACAUGAGUAAUGGGCUCUGAAACCGCUUGAAAAUCCAAGAUUUUGGCUCAUUUUUGGUCCCAAAUUCUAUUAAAAAAUUGCUUGCAGGCAAAAAAUUUCCCCCAAUCUUCGACGAAAUUUGCAAAACAAUAAUGCGUCGACUAUUCCGAAUCUACGCCCAUGUUUAUCACUGUCAUCUAAAUCAUUUCAAAGAAAUCAAAGCGUUGGCACAUUUGAAUACGUCAUUCAAACAAUUUGUGCUAUUUGCCAAUCAAUUUGAAUUGUUGAAACGCGAGGAAACUGAACCAUUGAGAGGAGUUAUUGAAAGUCUUAUGAGUUCCGGAUGA